UUCUUUGUAAUAGGUAUUUCGUUUUGGACUGUCAAAUUGUAAAUUAUUUGUCUCAGGUCUUGCUGAAUAUUUUACAAGUAGUAUUAUUACAAGAAAAAUGGUGUAUGGAUGUUCAAGCACUUCAUUAGUGGCAUCUCCUAAAAAACAAUCAAUAAAGGAAGUAACAAAAAAGUCUCCAAUGACAUCGGCAUCUCCUCCAACUCAAGCAAUAGAAGAAGCAGUUAGAAAGUCUCCACAAAAAUCAUCUUCUCUUCCAAUACAUGCAAGAGAAGAGACAAAUGAAAAGUAUUCAUUGAAACCAUCACCGCUAUUGUCUAAGGUGAAAUCUUUAGACAUACCAUCACUAAGACUGAUAUUGAUGGAGAAUGAACAUUUUACAAGUCGUGUAUCUGUAGCCUACAGGAUACAAGUGUUGAGGAAUAUACGAUCACUACGUUGUUAUGAAGAUUUGGAAGCAUUCACAGCUUCUUGUUUUGGUCAUCUUCUUAAACUAAUCGAUCUAGCGAAGAGUAGUGGGCAGUUGAUACAUUUUCUUUUACAGAGGCGGGUACAAACUAAUAAAGAAAAUGAGUUAUGGUUUGUUAUUGAUAGUCAACCUGUUAGGUUUUCAAUGCACGAGUUUGCAUUGAUUAGUGGCUUUAAUUGCGGAAAAUCCAAUGACCCAAACUUGAGUAGUCUAAGAAAGGGUAAUAGGCUUAAAAAAGAGUAUUUUAGGGACAUAGAAGGACACAUUACUCUUAAAGAUUUGGAAACUAUGUUUGUGGAUAUGAGUGAAGAAAAUCUAGUAGGGGAGUUGAAAAAAAAGAAGAAAUACAUAAAGAAAAAUCAGGAUCAUUUGAGACUUGUUUUGCUUUAUUGUUUGGAAGGAGUAGUGCUUGCACAUGAGCUUGCACAACCUAUAGGGGAGGAAAACAUGGGUAUUGUUGAGGACUUUGAUGUCUUUAACAAAUAUCCAUGGGGUAGGUUAUGUUAUAAUCUCACAUUAGAUGGUUUGAAGACGAAUUUGAAGAAAAAGUCUGUUAAGUACCAAAAUAAGGUUGGUGGGAAAAAAAGCAAAGAAUCAUACAAAUUAUAUGGUUUUCCUUAUAUUUUUCAGGUUUGGAUUUAUGAAGCAAUACUUUUACUUGGAAAUUUAUUUGCAAACCAAAAAGAAGGAAAUGUGACUCCUCGUUGCUUACAUUGGGAAGCAAAAGAGCCUGAAUACAAAGAGAUUAGUCAGGCAUUGAAGCUUACUCAUGGAAAAAUUGACGUACAUCAUAUCCUCCAUGCUUCUAAGUUAGAGAAGUGCCAACCAUACAUGAAGGAUUUUGAGUUAUUGAAUGAUAAAGCCGAUGACUUGAUUGAUACCUUUGUUAAAAAACUUAAGGUUUGCAGUCCUGUUUUGAGUGAAUACAAUAAGGAAGAAGAGAAGGUUGAUGUUUCAGAUGAUAAAAAAAUGUGCCCUUCAGCUUCAAAUGUUAAUCCAAAUCAAAAUUCGGGCAAUGUGAUAAAGUUAUGGGUUGAUUUGGAGAAGAAAAUGAACACUCGUUUUGAUGAGUUGAUGAAGCGACAAGAUGAAAUGGACUCCAAAUUGGACUUGGUGUUAUCAAUGAUGGUUCGUAGUUCUGGUUGUAAAUCUAAUCAACCUGAGUUUGAGUUGGAGGCUAAACAUAAUGGCAUAAAAGUUGAUGGUGGUGAGUGCGGAGAUGCAUAUAGCUAUGUCACUCCACCUACUUUUAAUGGUGAUGAUGUUGUUUGCAAUAACGAAAAUGAAGUUGAGGUCACAUCUCCUCAUCCUAGGCCAAUGAGAAAAAGGAAACGUGCUCCUGCCCUAAUGACACCAUAUACAGACCCAACAAAAAGGAGAAAAUUUAGAAAAGGUGAAGGGUUCAAAGUUGAUCCAUUUCGCAAGAUUGACGAGCACAAGGAAGAGGCUUUUAUGAAGUGGUUCAAUGAGAACAACACAAGCAUGUUAAUUAACUGUGGAGCCGGCAGCUACCAAAGGAAAUACUUCGAACAGUUAUUUACCCCAGCAACAUGGCUGUCUACUGAUGUUAGUAUAAUUGUAUUUUAAUUUUACUUGUUCAAAUAUUAUAAAUGAAA